UUCGUCAGUUCUCUAAGUUCGCCAUAUUUGAUAUUACAUUCUACAAAUAAUUUGAAAUUUCAUCUGCUUUUUGUUUGAAUUGUAAUUUCAAGUAGGAAGUGGAGAAUUGUAAACAGUGCUCAUGGUGAGAUCGUCAUGGGUUGCUUAACUUGGAUUAGAGGGUUAAAAAUCUCAUUUCCAAUCAAAGAUAAGGAGUUAAACAAAAUAGCAGCCUUCUUUAACUUGUGUACAUUUCUGCUGACAUGUGCUGCAUUGGUUCAGCCGAGUUGGUUCAGGAUCAGAGGAUUACAUUGUAUUGAGAGCCUUUCUCUAUCACAGUUCUUCACAUUUGAUCAAAGUGAUGAGCCAGAAAUAUCUAUUCAUCAAAAUGCAGAUAUUUAUGGACAUUUUAAUAUUAUGACUGGAACAGAUUUUAACGGUCUUCCACCAUGCACAACACCUGAGAUAAUAUCACUCAUGAGAGUUCUAAUACUCUUAUGUUUCAUGGUCUUAAUAUGUUCCUGUGUUGGAGUACUGAUAAACAUCACAUCACUGAAUAAGCGAGCAAUCAGAAUGUUAAGACGUAAUGCAGUACCAAGUAUAGUUUGUGUGUUUUGGGUGAUAGCAAUAGUAGGAGUUUGUUACUAUACAACAGUUGUAUUGGGAAAUGUCAACAACAGUGAUCCUAAUGAAAUUCAAGUUGAUUAUGAAUAUGGAUUUUAUACUAUAACCGGAGCUGGUUGCACUGCCCUCUUAGCUUCUGCAGCCAACCUCUGGGGUGCCCCUCUUUCUAACGAUGAAGAUGUCCAACGUAGAAACCUAAUGGAGGAUUGGGAUGGUUAUGAAGCACAUAGUGUUGGUCCUACUCCAUCCAUACCAGCCUUACCCCCAUACACACCUAGUGCCUACCCUGCCGGUUAUGCCCCAUCAGCCCAUCCUGCAUUUGCCCCACCUGUUUUGGGCACCCAACAGUAUUUUCCUUUUGAUGAUUUGUCUACUCUGCCACCACCCCCACCAUAUACCCCCUAGGAAGUAUGAUAUAGUUAAUGCUGUUGCAAAAUGUUUCUCAAGGUACAAUUUAAUUUUCGACAGCCUAAUAAGUCAUAAAUUUAUUUGAAAUUUUGGAAUUGGUAUAUAGACUAAUUACAAAACAAAAUGUUUAGAA